GCUAUAGGGGGCAUUUCUUCUCUUUAAUAUGCCGCAGAACGAGCAUAUUGAAGAACACCGUAAACGGUUCGGCCGUAGGUUGGAUUACGAAGAGCGGAAGCGGAAGAAGGAUGCUCGUGCCGUCCACAAACAGUCUAAGACUGCGCAGAAGCUCAGGGGCAUCAAGGCUAAGCUUUUCCACAAGAAGAGGUAUGCCGAGAAAGCGACUAUGCGGAAGACCAUCAAGAAGCACCAGGAGAAGGAAGGAAAGGAGAAGGCGCCUGAGGACAGCGUCCCUCAAGGAGCUGUUCCUGGUUAUCUGUUGGACAGGGAAGGGGUCAACCGGACAAAGGUUCUGUCUAAUAUGGUGAAGCAGAAGAGAGCAGAGAAAGCGGGAAAGUGGCAGGUUCCUGUGCCGAAGGUCAAGGCGAUGACGGAGGAUGAGAUGUUUAAGAUUUUGCGAUCUGGUAAGCGAAAGAAGAAGGCGUGGAAGCGCGUCGUCAACAAGAUCUGUUUCGUUGGCGAAGACUUCACUCGUAAGCCUCCGAAGUACGAGCGGUUCAUUCGACCAUCCAGUUUGCGUUUCAAGAAGGCGCACGUUACCCAUCCUGAGUUGAAAACAACUUUCUGUUUGGAUAUCGUGUCUGUGAAGAAGAACCCUCAGUCGGAGUUGUACUCGUCCCUUGGCGUCAUUACUAAGGGUACGAUCAUUGAAGUGAACGUCAGCGAUCUCGGACUUGUCACGCAAACUGGCAAGGUCGUCUGGGCUAAGUACGCCCAAGUAACCAACAACCCGGAGUUGGACGGCUGCAUCAAUGCCGUGCUUCUAGUGUAAACUAUCCCUCUACCGUGUCGAACUGCUUUACGUUAUAACCCUACGUUACUGAACCAUCGGUUUUCC